AUGUGUUAUAUGAGAAGUCUUAUAGAAUGUUUGGGUUCACAUAAGGGUAUAAUGCGUGGGUUUCAGCAGACCCAAAAUGAAACAAAAUUGUGCAACUUUAAAUUGCAAUAUCUGAACUUCACUAAUUAUAUUCUUCAGGAGCAUUUAAAACGAAUUCUUACCAUGUCAAACAAAGAAACAUAUAAAUAUAAGCGAUUUUUUUCUCAAUAUACGAAAUUCCCGGUGGUCAUCUCUACUAUCUCGACAAGAUCCGAAUCACUUACCCUACAUAAGAGAAUCAUGGCAGAUACAAAAGACAUAAAACGAAUGUCUGUCAUUAAGGAGAGGUCAGGCCUAGAAGAAUUUGAUUCUCCCUUCGACUCUGUAAACAAUGAUAGGUUGAUAACACACAGAUCCCAGCUUUUAAACAUAAAUAAAAUAACGUUUUUUACUGAUGGAUCUAUCCGAGACAACAAAGGCACAGUGGGAUGGGUAGUCAAAGAGCAAUCUUAUUUAUGGUUUAACACCGCACUUAUACAUCAAUUUGACAUCACUAAGGUAGAAUUAAUUUCUAUCCUAUCUGCUAUUUAUGUCACACCACUGGGUAGAAACAUAAUAAUUUCUACGGAUAGCCAAAAUGCUAUAGAUCUUAUUUAUAAAACUCUUAAGUGCACAUAUAACUCCCAUAGACACAAAUUGUCUAGAAUCCUAAACCUAAUCAGAAGGUCUCUUUGGUCGAAUAACAUUAUUCUUACUAUGGCAAAAGUGAAGAGGCAUUCCAAUAAUUUCUGGAACGAUAAGGCGGAUACAUUGGCAAAAGAAGGAUAUAAUAGUGACUUACUUAUUAUCAAAUGA